AUGUCAGAGGGGGCAGCCGCUCGAGCGGCAGGAGGCCCAGCGACUGCUCCUGCAGCAGCAGCAGCAGCAGCAGCAGCAGCAGCAGCAGCAGCAGCAGCAGCAGCAGCAGCAGCAGCAGAGCAGCAGCAGCAGCAGCAGCAGCAGCAGCAGCAGCAGCAGCAGCAGCAGCAGCAGCAGCAGCAGCAGCAGCAGUGGAGUUCGUGA